AUGGAUGAUGCUGCUAACUUGAAUCCGUGGCCCAAUGAAUUCAAGGUAUUCGAAUCUCCUUCAGGUCUAAUUCUACCGAUUCUACCGCUGAAUGAAUUUUUGGUGAACCUGUGCUAUGACUUCUCAUACCUCCAAACACAACCUCCAAUUCCGAGUGACGAGUGUUCCGCAAAAAUAGAUAACAUUGAAGUACCAAAUACUGUAUAUUCACCCUUUUAUUCAUGGUCCAAUCUAGUCAAUCAACAAACUGAGUUAGAAGCUGCAAGGGGGUCGGUGAAACAGCAUCUUUUGUUCUACCAAAGUUUAGGAACUAAAAGCAGUCCGAGUCCGAGCACAAGCUGGGAAGGUAUGGACGAGGUCAUGGAUGAAGUCCUUGAGAAGUGCAAUUCCUCAACGACCGAAGAAGACAGCUAUUCAUCAACCAAAACAGCAAUUUUGAUGAAGUGCAAUAGAAAAUUUAAUGGCACCUUAAACUAUGAUGAUACUAGUUUAUCAAAUUAUAAUUUUGAAAAACCAAAAGAAAUAGAGUUUAUAAAAUGUUGGCAACAACUAUCCAACUUCAUCAUAAAUGAAACAUUUGAGUACAACUUGGAAAUGCCACCUCAAAUGUAUGCAAAGAUUUGA